AUGUCAAAGGGGGAGGCAGCCAAGCAGCAGUCUGCAUUAGCUGAAAAGAGGCUGUUGGGGAGCAAGUUGUUGAAAGAAGAGCAGGUGCCUUUCCCCGGUGAUGACGCCGCCUUCCAGCUCAACUGGCUCGCAAAAGCACCUUUUAUGCAGACCCGGGUCGGGAGUGACAUAUACGAAGAGGAAGCUCCUGGGGACGCACAGGGUGCGCCGAAGGGUGCGUACCUUCUGCCUAAUACUAAUAGCACCACCGCGGCUAACGAUAGCUUCUCAGAUGUCUCGCAGCGCACACUGAAAGCACUUACCCUCCACGUCAACCUCUCCGACCAGACCUAUGUCUCCGGCCUCUACAACCAGAGAACAUCGCUCAAGAUCGAAGUCUUCUUCAAUGGAACACUCGCCGCAUGUUUGGCCAUGCCCAACUACGACGGCAAAUCUGGCUCGAAAGACCAUCACCAGGUCUUCGCGGGCACUAGAGUCGACUUUCUCGCUGAGCGGCCAUGGAUCAUCCUACCACCCGGAGUCGCCGCAGAUGGCAGUACUGCGAAGAACAACACACCACCUUCGGUAGAACAGCGAUGGCAACACAUUGGCCAGGCGCUCCAAGCUGAAGCACGCGAGCGGGGUACCGACGAACAAGGCAACAUUCCUCCUACUGCCGAGUUCCUCCAUGCGCUUGCGACAACGCAGAUGCCGGAGCAGGUAUACACUGUGCAGAGGCCAGGUGGGAAGACUUUCGGGGUCAUCGACGUAGUCAUCACAUCUGGAGAGGGUAGGAAGCUCACUAGCGGCGUGGGCUAUUUAAAGGCACCGAAGCGCAUGAUCGACGAGAGUUACCCGUUCGUGCUCGGAGCCGACGGCAGUACUAUGCAUCUACGUGUCGAUGCGCCUGGUAAGAGAGAGAGUGACGCGGAACCUCAAGAUACCAUGGAGCCGACCUCAGAGGUCAUCGACGUGGAUGCAGAAGGAGACAGCGAUCCAGAGUAUGGGUCUCAUACAAAGAGACAGGCUCUCCGGUCUGGAGUGCAGUCGAAACAGGAUAUGUCACCUGUCUUGCCAUCAGCUCUAACCGUGGAACCCUUGACGCUGUCAAGUCCACCACUCGCCGGUGUCGGAUCAAGCAUUCCAGCACUGAUAGCACCAAACAUUACAGAUGCAAGAAUUACGUAUUCACCAGUUCGAAGAAGUGCAGAUACCUCCAACAUACCGCGUGCACCGGAGACUGGACGAGCGCAUACGCACGAUGCAGUACGCAUUCCAGAAGCGGAGCUCACGUCGCGUGCAGGGUUCACUCCGAAGAUGAUAAAUUCAGAUCUGACCCCAAACUCGCAAACGACUCACAUGCUCCCAUCACCAUAUACCUUUCAAUUCUCGGAUCCAACACUGGGAGGAGUCGCACCCAGUGAUCUCAUGCGUCAGAUACCGGGCGACAACGCCGGCCUGACGUCUAGUCCGCUCGAUCGCUUUCCCACGGCUUUUCAGGGCCCAGGUUACCAGUACGCAUCACCUUUUCCUACACAUUUACCAGGGCUCAGGCAAGCACCCUCAAGUCAUAGGCCGCAUGCGGGUUCUCUGCCUGGAGAACCACGUGGUGGCUUACCCGAAAGCCAAUACACGCGUCGAGACUACACCAUGUCCGGUAUGGGGCCCAACUUCUGCGGAGCUCCCGAGAGCUACAAGCCAAACAUGUUACCACAAGUCGCAAACCUCCAUGGAUAUCAGGAAUCUCGGCCACCACACCUGUCAUUUCCGCCGUUUGAUCGCAGACUGUCCCUGCCGUUACCGCCAGCAGGUUUGUACUCAGUACCUACAAAGCCAAAACGAAGUGUCUCUCCGAAGAAAGCAUCUCCUCCAAAACAGUCGAUGAAGACAAAUUCCAACAUCGUGGUCAGACGCUUGGUAGUCUAUGGGCAAGAUAGAUCAAUUAUAGUGGAUCAUAGGUGGGAGCCUGAACUGCGUUUAGACUUGGCUUCCAAUCGCCCCGUCCAGAAUCCGACUCGACAGGAUAUCGUCCCAGGAGAUCGUGAACAGAAGAGAUCUAUUGAUUCAGAGAAGGCAAGCACCGAAUUUCGCGGGUCAAGAAAAAGUACGGUCCGGAUGGGAACGCCGCCGCCUACAUCGCCAUUAGAGCACGCGAAGACUGACCUGCCCCUCGCUAUCGACAAUCCACAAGAGACCAGCGCUUUCCAACCGAAUGUUGUGUUUAAACAACCCGCAUCUACUGUCAAGAACUCCAUCCUAACGGGUGAACGACCUGAAGUAGAGGAGGUCAAGCUGCAUGGUGACCAGCCGGAUGCUGACUCAAGCAACCAGAGUAUACAUGCAACCGAAUCAAGACUCUCGCGUCGUACAACUUCUAGCAACAACAUUCUUGGUAUACAAGGCCCAAAGGCAAAUCCAUUCUGGUUCGAGGAUCCAGAAGAGAUACUUCGUGAAGCAUCUGCGCGACUACGUCGAUCUCGCUCUUUCGCCAAACCGAGAAACACGCCGGAUGCAGCACCAUCGUCCAAGAUCGCAGUACCGGUCGUCGAGAACUCUAAGAUCUGGGACACCGCUACAUCUUCCCCUCUAUCCAGCCUACAUACAACCCCUGAGCCUGAUAUGGAGCCCAUUUCAUACACCCGGUCACCUCAAGUACAUAUUGGUUCGUCUCCUGCUCCUAUCCCGCAAGCAGAUGGCUCACCGGAACGCAAAACCUUGCGCGGAUCACGUCGCGGCAACGAAACCCCGUCCCCAGUGAAGCUCACUUCAACUCUCACGACACCUCAACUUGCGCGCCACGAACCCUCUACACCUCAAUCCUCGGCUACGAAGAAACGUAAGAACCUCCACCGCACCUUACCGAAGGAGCCUCGCAGUCCCACACGUCUGAAGACGAACAACAACCCACCGCUGAACCGAGAUUGUGUCAUCGCGUACGCAGAGAGCAAGGACAAGAAGAACAAACAGGGCAUUCUAAGGCAGGUGAAGAGUGAGAGGCAGGGAGUGUUCAGUGAGAACGAUGUCGUUUUUGCGGCUAGGUUCUUCGUGGAGGAUUGA